GGAAGCGUUUCAACACGCGUCAGCGCACAAAGAUGACGUAUGCGAAGGCGCCACUUCCUGCUUCCUGACAGCACCAGUUGUCCUGAUCUUCUGGUCGUUGUUGGACUUUCUGUCUCCGUGUCCACCUGUCUGUCCACCUGUCCGUCCGGGUCCAUGCGCGCUCCCGUCUGCGCGGCGCUGCUGCUGCUGCUGUGCGCGCUGAGCGACGCGGCGGCUCGUCAGUUCUCAGAGGAGCAGAUGGCGGCUGUCAGGCAGCGCAUCAAGUCCAUGUUCUACCACGCCUACAACAGCUACCUGAACAACGCCUUCCCCUACGAUGAGCUCCGCCCACUCACCUGCGACGGACAUGACACCUGGGGCAGUUUCUCUCUGACUCUGAUCGACGCCCUGGACACACUGCUGGUUCUGGGGAACCGAACGGAGUUCCAGCGCGUGGCGUCGCUCCUCCAGGACACCGUAGACUUCGACAUCGACGUCAACGCGUCCGUGUUCGAAACCAACAUCAGAGUGGUGGGCGGCCUGUUGUCGGCCCACAUGCUGGCGGGUCGGGCCGGGAUGGAGCUGGAGCCCGGAUGGCCCUGUUCCGGUCCGCUGCUCCGGAUGGCUGAGGAAGCAGCCCGCAAGCUGCUGCCAGGUACCAGACCGGUCCAAACGGGCUUCUGAUAGAACCUCACUUCA